AUGUUGGAAAGUACAUGGAAAAAUCCGGCCGCAAGGGGGCGCCCCUCCCCGACCACGCCCCCCCGAGCGCGCGGCGUGGCCGACCAAUCAGAGGAGGCGGCGCUGCCCGCGCGCUCCCAGCGCCCAUUCACGGAAAGGGGAGCGACAGCGGCACCGGGAGCGGCACCGGGAGCGACACCGGCACCGGGAACGGCACCGGCACCGGGAGCGGAGCGCUGGCCCGCCACCGCCUGCGUGAUCACCGGCGCUUCCCGCGGCUUCGGCCGCAGCCUGGCGCGGCUCCUGGCCCCGCAGCUCGGGCCCGGCUCGGCGCUGCUGCUGCUGGCGCGUUCCGCCGCGGCGCUGGCCGAGCUGGCGGCCGAGCUGAGCACCGGGGAUACCGGGAGUGCCACCGGGAGCGCCACCGGCAGCAGCGAGCUGCGGGUGCAGUGCGUGGCCGCUGACCUGGGCUGCCCGGAGGGGCUGCGGAGGGCGGGCGCUGCCCUGCGGGAGCUGCUGCAGGACGCGUCCUUCGGCCGCCUGCUGGUGGUCAACAACGCCGGCUCCUUGGGUGACAUCUCCAAAUCCUUCCUGGACCUCAGCGACCUGGAGGAGAUCAACACCUACUUCUCCUUCAACGUCAGCUCGGCGCUCUGCCUGACCUGCACGGCACUGAGGGCCUUUGGGGCGCGGCCUGGCAGCAGCAGGACGGUGGUGAACAUCUCGUCGCUGUGUGCCCUGGAGCCCUUCCCGAGCUGGGCGCUGUACUGCUCGGGGAAGGCCGCCCGGGAGAUGCUGUUCCGGGUGCUGGCGCGGGAGGAGCCCUCGGUGCGAGUGCUCAGCUACGCCCCGGGGCCUCUGGACACGGACAUGCAGCUCCUGGCCCGGAGCAGGACUGCAGACCCGGGGAUGCGCCAGCACUUCCAGGGGCUGUGGGAGAAGGGGCAGCUCAUCGACAGCUCCGUGUCAGCCCAGAAGCUGCUCCGGCUCCUGCAGGAGGAUUCCUUUCCCUCCGGAGCUCACGUGGAUUUCUUUGACAUCUGAGCUCCUGCACCUUUGCCUCCCUGCUCUGCUCCCAGCUCAGCCUUUUCCUGGUGCCUCCAGCAGGACCUUGUUCAAAGCCUGGGCUUUGGGAAGAUUUUAAGACGCUCUGUGUGCCUUGCAAACAGCCCUGGUGCCUUUUGGGGCUGGGGAACAGCUCCUGCUGCUGAGCCCCCUCAGCCCCCAAAUCCCAAACCCCUCUGCAUCCAAAAUCAGGGAUUUGGGGACAGAGGUGGCUGUCCCCACGAAAUGGCCCUGGAAGGUUCAAACUCAGGAGUCUGUGGGAGCCAAGGGGUGCCUGGCACAGGGGGGCUCUGCCAGCCCCACCGGGGCUGAAAGUGAAAAUAAUUCAGGUGUUAUUUCUUAAUUGCACAGUUUAUCCUUAAAAGGCCUCAGAGAGAGAGAGACAUGGAGCUCCAUUUUUAGUUUGUUGGAGUGAAAUUCUGCAGAAUUCAGGGUUUGUGAGACUGGGACAGAGAUAAGAGCUGAUAAACAUCGGAGUCCCAACAAGAAACAACAUCUCACACAUUUAAUCUGGCACUGGCAGAAAGAAAUGAAGAUUCCACACAGUAACAACAUCCCCUGGGUACCAACAUCCCCUGGGUACAAAUAUCCCCUGGGUACAAAUAUCACCUGGGUACCAACCAGGGCUGGAGCCAUGUCCCCGUGGGUGUCCCCUUUGUCCCACAGCAGCACCCAGGGAGCCCCUCCUGGCCCUGGGGUGCUGAUGUCCCCUCUGUCCCCGCUCACCGGGGCUGGGCUGCCCCGAAUUCCCUGAAUUCCGCGUUCAGGAGCAGCAGAGCCCCUCCCGGUGCUUUUCCCACCAGGAGAGGGAGCUGGCCUUGGAGGAGUUGGGAAUUUUGGGAGCCUGCCUGGAGUCAGCAGCUCUCAGAAACCUGAGCAAAGACACGGCCCUGAGUUCCUGCCCUGCUCCCACUGCAGGUUUUGGGUCCAAACCUUACUUUGGGGCUUCAGCCCCUUCUUUUAAUUAUUUGUGGGUUUGUUUUUUGGUUUUUUUGCUCAUUUUCCCAUCAGAUUCCAGCAGGCACAGACACACAGAGGCUUUUCCUCUGGAAAGCUGAUGCAGAAAAGUCGUUUUGAAGCCCUGUGUGCCCUGGAAAUGCCCAGUGCCCCUCUGUGCCCCCUCCACCCCAACCCUGCAGCUCAGAUUUUGUCCCCCUGGCUCUCCAAUUGUGAAAAAUCUAAGAUCAUUAAAAUAAUGAAACAUG